UUGCAGAUAUUGCCACUGAAGAGCCUGCAACAUGUAUAGAAUGAACAUAAAAGCUAAUGAAAAUAAUAUUAGUGUAAAACCGUAUAAAGCGAAUUCCAUCGGAGCAUUCUAUGAUAAUACUGCGAUCUUGGUGACUGGAGCGACAGGUUUUAUAGGGAAAGGCAUCUUGGAGAAACUAAUGCGUGUAUGUCCAAACAUCGCAGCCAUUUAUGUCCUCAUUCGUCCGAAGAAGGACCAAACGAUAGAACAACGAUUUAAGGAGCUCAUUGAUGAUCCAAUUUAUGACAGCAUCAAAGUAAAUCAUCCCUCGCUUUUGAGCAGGAUUCAUCUCAUACAGGGUGACGUGAGCCUACCAGAUUUAGGUCUUUCGCCAGCAGAUAGGACUAUGUUGAUAGAGAAAGUGAACAUUGUGUUCCAUCUUGCAGCUACUGUGAGAUUUAAUGAACCUCUGAAUGUGGCUGUUAAUAUAAAUACAAAAGGUACCGCUCGCGUAAUCCAACUGUGCAAGGAAUUAAAGCAUGUAAUUAGCGUCGUCCACGUUAGCACAGCUUACAGCAAUGCACAUUUAUCAGAGAUAGAGGAAAAAGUUUACACUACGUGUUUUCCACCUUCUACGGUGAUAGAUAUAUGUGAAAUUGAGGACAAAACAUUGAUCGACCUAUUAGAAGAAAGAAUUCUAAAAAUUUAUCCAAAUACAUACACGUUUACGAAGAAUCUGGCGGAACAGAUAGUGUCCAACAAUUGCGAUUGUUUACCAGUUGCGAUAGUGCGACCAAGUAUAAUUGGUGCUUCGUUAGAGGAACCAUGUCCUGGUUGGGUGGACAAUGUCUUUGGAGCUACAGCUGUCUUUCUACAAGUCGGCAGAGGUAUUUUAAGAGCAAUGAUAAUUAACAAAGACGCAAGAUUGGACGUGGUACCUAUUGAUUAUGUGAUCGAUACGAUAAUGUGUGCCGCAUGGCAUGUUACUCUGGAUUGUGAUACUAAAACUAAAGUUUACAAUUGUACGAGUAACGCAUCCCCUCUCAAAUGGGGUCAGCUGAAAGAUAUCUACGUUGAAUGUUGCAUAAAAACACCAAUGAACAAUGUAUUAUGGUAUCCAUUUUGUAUACUGUUGACUAACAGAUAUGUGUAUAAUGUUCUAAAUAUAUUUCUUCAUAUUUUGCCUGCAUUUAUCAUGGAUACUUUUUUAAAACUUCGGGAUAAGAGACCAACGAUGAUGAAAAUUAACAAUUACCUCAAUCAGUUGCUUAUAGCGAUUGAAUACUUUGACACGCGAGAAUGGACUUUCCACAGAUAUAACAUUACUGAAAUGAUGAGGAAGGUGAAAACGUUGGAAGAUGGCAAUAUCGUGAAAUUAGAUCUACAAGAUAUGGAUUGGAAGAAGUAUAUCACGAAUUACCAAAUGGGAAUAAAGAAAUUUAUCCUAAAAGAAAACUCUCGAUCUGUGAACGCAGCGCGACGAUUAUCAUUCUUGUACUGGGCACAUCAGAUUGCUCAAGUGUUUGGUUUAAUCGUCUUUUUAGCUGUAAUAGGAUAUUUAGCAUUAGUUGUGUGUAAUUUUGUUCACUGACCGUUUCGACGAUACUUAUUCUGCUUCAGUUAGAAACAUGACAAAUAAAACUUUAUAAAAAAGGGACUCAUCAGCCAUUUUUUUUUCAAGAAUUCUGUCAUAACUUGACACAACUUGCUUAUACUUUUUUACAUAAUCUUUUAUGAUGUCCAACAUGUUAUAACGUACGAUUUCUCACAUUUUUCAGACUGUUAAUUUAAAUGAAUACGUCUCUUCAAUUUUCUGAAUAGUCCACCAUUCUCUAUACUUCUUAAUUUCGCAGUACGAUUUUAUUGAGUCCAAUUCCUUUUUCCAAACUUCUUAUCAAUU